CAUUUUUGUUUGGGGGUCAAAUUUUCAUUCCUUAACCCUAGAUUCUAACUUUUGCAUGACUGUGUUUGUUUUUGCAGUUUUCAAUCACAAUGGUUUCUCACACCGAUUCUGACAAUACCGGAGACAUGGUUGACCGUGACCUCCCGCUGGGGUACGAUGAUGCGGCCGCCAUGAGGGAUGCCGAGCUAAAUGAGGACAUCGAAGAUGUGUCCUUCGUCCUUAAGGUCGCAUCAUUGAAUGUGUUGCAAGGGCACAAGGGUGCUGGCAAGAAGCGAUACAGGGACACUCAGGAGUACUUCAUCCUGGGCGGCUUCAGCCUCUCAGAGGUUCCUUGUGCACUUUUAGACAGGGAAUGGGAGGAGGCGAGGCGUUUGUCUGGUCCUAGUGUGGUUGCUAUGAGGCCGGAUGCUGGGGAUUUGCCCUCUUCUUGUCCAUCUGGAUUUUUUGUCGUUUACUACAACGCCGUGAAACAUGGCCUCCGCUUUCCCUUGAGGCCCUUCAAUGAUGAGUAUCUCAACUGGGUCGGCUUGCUACCCUGUCAGCUUACCCCUAAUGGUUUCUACUAUAUGCCGCCUUCCUGCUACGUUGCUAUCAUUUGGGAGUCACCCCCAGUGUUGACCUGUUCCGUUACUUGUUCAACAUCGCCAUAACCCCUCGAAGGAGAACGAGAGUUACGCAUCUAUCGCUAAAGUUGGGGGGCAAAGUGGGUUUGUCAAUGCCCCCACCGCUUACCGCGGAUGAAAGAACAGAUUUUUCUUCGUCUGCACAGAUCGAUAAAUGGUCUCACCAUUUUCCACAGAGACGGUGAGGUUGACCCAAGAUCCUGUUUUUGCUCGAAAACAUAAUGCUGGUGAUUUGGGCGAGUAUGCUGAUGAUGUGGAGAAGUAUCUGAAGCCUGGUCCGUACGACAUUAGGAAAUUUGUGACCGAGAAGAGGACCAGGGAGAACCUGAAAUGCAUCAGCUUUUCUCCCCCUAAGGUCCUUGGUGUUGAGGGGGAAGGUGUCGUGGCUGCCCCCGUUGUGAAUGAUGGGGAGGGGGCGGGUGUAGCCCCAUCCUCCUCUGCUCCCCUGAUUGAUGGCUCUUCUGAGGGGGAGGAGGAGAAGAAGGAGGUUCUUCCCUCCAAGGAGGACGGGCGAGAGGAGGAGACUUUUCCUUCGCAGAAAACAAUCGGUCAACCCGAGGCUCCUUCUACCGCUCCAGGUAUAGAUUCUUUCUGUCUACUUCUUAUUCUGCUGAUUUGAUGUGCUGUGGAUAUGCUCUGGUUGUUUGUUGUCUGACGUUGAAAAUCUUGUUGUCUUUUUAAGGUAGUUUCAAUAUUUUUGAGCUCCUUGAUCGGGCUCGGGGGGGGGGGGGGGGGGUCUCUGAAUGAAAAACGGGCCUUCCGGAGGUGUAAAACAUCCUGAGCCCUCCUCCAGCGGGUCCUCAUCCUCCUCUGAGGAUCAUGACGAAGAUGCUGUCGAUGACACACCUCAAGGGGGCGCUGUUUCCCCGAGUGGUGCUGAUCAGGAGGUCGCAACCACAGUGCCCGAGGACACCGUCGUUGGCGGAGAAAAGGCCGCGGUGGAAGAAGUUGAUGCCGCGGAGAUGGACGUGGACAUUGUGGGGGUCGUCCCCAAGCCCAACGUUGAGCCUGCCACCACUGUCCCGUCCUCUCGGCCGGAUGUGGUAAUUAUGGAGAGCGAAGAUGAAGAAGAGGGGGGGUAGCGGUGAGACUUUGCGACAAAUGCAGGUCCGCUUGUCUAAUGAAGGAGACAAGGUCCCUCCUGAGAGUGAUGCGGCAACCGCUGGGAAUGGUGCCUCCCGCAAUGAUCCUGAGCCAGUUUGCGGAGCUCUGGUAGCAUCUCUGAUGAGCAGCUCUGGUAGCAACUCUAAGAGGGUUUCUGGUCAGUCGACUAUGUUAUUACUUACACAGAAAAUUCUAAUACAAGAUUUCUAAAGGGGUACUCUCAUAUCCAUCCAGUCGUCCCAGUUGCCGUAGUCACUGUUGGAAAUUUAUUGAGAAAUAUGACUCAAGUGUUCAACAUGAUCCUUAAUAGUAUUAUUUUAAUUAGUUACUGUGGGUUUUAAUUAUAAUAAUAUUAUAAGGAUACUGAAUUGAAGUAUAAUUAUUAGAUUAUUAGACAUGUAAAUUACUUACUAUGUUGGCUAAGUAAUUAUUGAUGUCUUAAUAAUAAUAAUAAUAAUAAUAAUACUUAAAAUAAUAUAUCAUGAGUUGAUGGUAAUGCAUGUACGUGUUUCAUUUUAUGUUCCAUUUUGGCAAAAAACACGUCAUUUUGGAGUAGCUACGUGCAUGGUCAAUUGAUAAUCAAAAUUAAUUUUGAUUUCAAAAUUGGUGAAGGAUAAUGCCGCCAAUUGUACAACCAUCAUGACUUUUCUAAAAAUUGCAAUGCUUCGUAUGAAAAUGAUGAUAUGAGACAACUUGUAUAUUGUUGUCUAUAAAUACAUGUUGAACGUGUGAAAGUAAAAAUAUAUACUUCAUAAUAAUUUCUCUUGCUAUAUUUAUCCUAUUAUCUACUGUAAUAGUGUUCAAUAUUUAGAUCACUUUAUAUACAAAUCAUUUGUUCGGUGUUAUUUUAUCGGUAACUAAAAUACACCAUACACUUUUUUUUAUCCCAAAAGUUCUAUCUUGUAACCCGGUUAUUGUGAUAAGGAUAGAUAGUAAACUUUUAGGAAAACGUAUUUAAUAGGUGACUAGAAGUGAUAUCCGGUCCUGC